AUGGCUGAAGCAGAGACAAACCUUGCUAUAAAUGUGAUCCCCACUUUGUCAGAUUCAUAUGAAGUUCAAGGGAGGGGAGAGCUUCAACUGGGUAUCUUAAUCGAGAACAUGAGGCGUGAAGGAUUUGAGCUAUCUGUCUCACCACCUAGAGUCAUGCUAAACCCAAAGUCAACAAGAUCCCUAGCUCAUGAGUGGAAAAGCCUGGGCUGA